CGUCACCUCGGUGAGGGCUGUUGUGAUAUCACUUCUCCUCCCUCAACUGUUUGUUCCUCCGGUUUUGCAGCAUCGACGCAUGUCCCUCAGAGGCUUCGUGGUUGGCCUGUCUCUCCGUGCUCGCUGUGCGACACUUGCAGCAGCAGCCCCCCGCGUAGCGUUCCCAACACCCCGCCUCAGACCAGCGCAGAGCCCCAUUGGCCUUGGCGUCCGUUUCUACGCGUCUGAGAAGGACAGAGAUGUUGCAAAGCAUGAUGGGCGUCCCUCGGUCUUUGCGCGCCUCUCAGAGGCGUUCGCCUCCGGUAAGAGCUUGGAACCGGGGCACAACAAGGCCGAAGCGUCGGUCGGCAAGCUCGUUGAGCUCGCAGUCCCGGAGAAGAGAACGCUUGCGACGGCUGUCGGGCUCCUUGUUAUCUCAUCAUCAGUCUCCAUGCUCGUCCCUCUUACUAUCGGCAAGCUGAUCGACUUUUUCUCCUCCAAUGCUGCGACCUUCCUCGGCAUGAGUUUCCCUGUCGCUGCGACUCUCCUCACCAUUGCUUUUUUCGUGGGCGCAGCCGCCAAUGCGGGACGUGUCUAUCUCAUGCGCACCGCCGGGCAGCGUAUAAUUGCGCGCGUCCGCAACCAGGCAUACCUCUCGACACUGCGGCAGGAACCGGAGUUCGCCCAUCGCUCGGUCGGUGACAUUGUGUCCCGUCUCAAUGCCGACGCCAACAUCCUUGGCGACAGUGUCACGUCCAAUCUUUCGGACGGGUUGCGCGCGAUAAUCUCGGCAUCCGUUGGCGUUUGCGCAAUGUUCUGGAUCUCGAGCAAGCUCACGCUCAUCAUGCUUAUGGUCGUUCCGCCCAUUUCGAUCGGCGCCGUAUUCUAUGGUCGCUACCUCCGGAAACUGUCCAACCUCACUCAAGAGAGCCUUGGCGAGAUGUCCAAGACGGCGGAGGAGAAGCUAAACGCCUUCAAAACGAUCACCGCAUACAACGCACAGUCGCUCGAGGGUCGUGCGUUUUCCCAAAAUGUUCAAAGCGUGUUCGAUCUUGCUCGCAGGGAGGCCGGCGCCUCAGCAAUCUUCUUCGGCAUGACUGGUCUCACCGGCAACCUCGCAAUGCUGUGUCUCCUUACAUAUGGAGGGCAUCUUGUGUCUACUGGCGCAAUCACUGUCGGCGAUCUCACCUCGCUCCUCAUUUACAGCGGAUACGUGGGAAGCUCCGUGUCAGGACUCACGAGCUUCUUUAGCGGUAUCAUGAAGGGUGUCGGGGCCGGGCAACGCGUGUUCUCUCUUUUGGACCGACAAUCGGCGAUCCCUCUCGAUGAGGGGCAAACGUUGAGCCCCAAUCGCGAAGGGCCCAUUGUCUUCAACAAUGUCCGAUUCACAUAUCCUUCCCGCAAGGAGGUCGAGGUGCUCAAGGGCAUUGAUCUCACAAUCCAGCCGGGUACCAGUGUGGCGCUAGUCGGCACAUCGGGCAGCGGCAAGUCUUCGAUUCUCACGCUGCUCGACCGCUUCUACGAUCCCACUCACGGGUCAAUCUCGUAUGACGGCACCGACAUCCGAAGCCUCACUCCAGAGUCUUGGCGUGAUCGCAUUGGCGUCGUGUUCCAGGACCCCGACCUGUUUGCGGGCACUGUCCACGAUAACAUUGCCUACGGCGCACCUGACGCGACACGGGAGCAAGUCGAGGAGGCCGCUCGAGCCGCUAACUGCGACUUCAUCUACGACUUGCCACAGGGCUUCGACACCCCAAUUGGCAAGUCUAGUCUGUCGGGCGGACAACGACAGCGGAUCAGCAUCGCCCGCGCUCUUGUACGACGCCCUUCAAUCCUGCUUCUCGACGAGGCCACCAGCGCCCUCGACUCCAAGUCCGAGGACGCGGUGAAUGCCGCGAUCGACAAAAUCAUCCUCGCUCAGCACAUCACGGUUGUCCUCGCCGCGCAUCGAUUGAGUAGCAUUGCUCGCGCUGAACAGGUCGUCGUGCUGGAGAACGGGGUCAUCUCUGAACAGGGCCGGUACGACGUGUUGAGCAGGACUGAGGGUAGCCGGUUCCGCAAGCUGAUGGCGGCGCAGUUGUUGCUGGAGCAUGAGGCGAAUCAGCAAUAGAUAGCACACCUGUAUCAUUAGACACGUGUCAACUCGACGGACGAUUUGACUAACCAGUCUCUGAGGCACCCGUCGCGUCGAGGUCGCGGGCAGUGUCGUCUCUCACCCCAGUAGUGAAUCCGUCGGAACUAACAGCGAAGUGAUCACUGCUACCCACUCUUGGACUCUUCAGCAAGUCAAACGGUGGUAUAGACGGGAACUCUAGCCCCCUCCGGCUGAUAAACCUACAGAACAGUUGGCAUAACUCUUGACUUGAACCUCCU